CCGGGAGGGAGGGGGGAAGAGGGUUAACGAGGAGAGAGAGAAGAGAAAGAAGAAGACGAAAAGAGGUUGAAAACAGAAGACGGACAGGCACCGAGAGCAGAGAAGGACUAAAAAAUGAAGACGCCACUUCAGAGGGUGAUCCUGGCCGGCGCGGUGGUCGCCGUGAUGCUGACACAAGUUCUCCUGGUUGAAUGCUCGGAGUUUGUCCCUCCAGAUGGUAAUUACACAGCCUGUCAAGGGGAUAACGUCACUCUCAGUUGUUCCAUUGACGACCAAGUGACGCGAGUGGCCUGGCUCAACCGGUCCAACAUCCUGUAUGCGGGCAAUGACAAAUGGUCCAUAGACCCUCGUGUCCAACUCCUGAACUACAACAAGUCUGAAUUCAGCAUUGUGAUUACCCAACUGGAUGUGGCAGAUGAAGGUUUAUAUACCUGCUCCUACCAGACCCAGGAUAAGCCCCAUACUACACAGGCCUUUCUCAUAGUACAAGUUCCGGCCAGAAUCGUGAACAUCUCCGCCAGCAUCACCGUCAACGAGGGAAGUAACGUCAACCUCAUGUGUCUGGCGGUGGGAAAACCGGAACCGACCGUGACCUGGAAGCAGCUGAGAGAAGGGUUUUCCAGCGAGGGCGAACUCUUGGAGAUUACAGAAAUCAACCGACAGCAGGCGGGAGAGUACGAGUGCAUCACAUCCAAUGGAGUGUCCAUGCCCGACAGCAAGAAAGUGAUGAUCACGGUCAACUACCCCCCAUUCAUCACCGAUGUUAAGAACGCUCAGUCUCCCGUCGGGAAGCCAGCCGUGCUUCGCUGCCAAGCGUUAGCCGAACCCGUGGCAGAGUUUGAAUGGUAUAAAGAUGAUAAGCGACUGAAUGCAGUAAUGGAAGGUAUGAAGAUCCAGAACGAGAGGACUUGGUCCGUGCUUCUGUUUUCAAAUGUCACCUCCAGGCAUUACGGGAAUUACACAUGCCUGGCAUCCAAUAAACUCGGCUCAUAUAAUUCCAGCGUGCGACUACUCAAACCCGGUUCGGCCCCCAACCACAGCGUGAUGUACACGGUAUCGCCUCUCCUCCUCGCCCUCGUGUCUUUCACGUUAGUCCUCCAUCUUACGUACAAUCUAAACUAGAGAAGAAGAAGAAGAAAAAUAAAUAAAUUCUGGAAAUUAUUCUCGAGACGGGCCGUGAAAGAAUAUUAAACAAAAACAACAAAACAAAAAUUUACAUUGCGACAAAAUACAAAAACAUUUAAAAAAAACAACAAAACACAAAAAUUUUCAUUUUUUUUUUUUUUCUAGAUGGAAUCCAACACUGUGAGGGAACAAAUUAUGCAUUUAAAAAAAUAAAAAUAAAAAACAAGGUGUCAUUGACUUUCUGCACCAGGAAAGAGAGCGGUGGAUUUUACCAGUGACUUCAAAAUACCUUUGAGUGGGUCAAUAAAAAAAAUUAAAAAAAUUGGAAAAAGGAGGCUUCCCCCCCCCCCACCAAGAGCGAGAAGACUGAAGAUUGCCGAUCGAGAUGAACCUCAUUAGUGUUUUAGAAGACGUUUUAAAUUUACAAUUUUGCCCCUUGCGGCACUGAAGAGACUGCAACCAUCUUCAGCUCUGGGAGGGCAGAAGUCUUAAGUGUAGUUGCCCAAUGUACCUCAUUCCUGGUCAUGAAUGGAUCUUCUCCAGCCACCCGAGUCCAUGUCCCUUGCCUGACCUUGUGUUGCCAUCGCCGUGUACAUGACCCUCCCAACCCCUCACCAAACCAACGCCAAUUCUUCCAGUGGAGUACGUGUGGAAUUUAUACCCUAUUUUAGCCACCGCGGUGGACAUCUCAACCCAAGAGAACAUGAAAGUACAGUAGAUGUCCUACUGGAUAAGGGUCUUCUCCAUUAUUUCCAGGAAGACCCUCCGCAGCUUCGCACUACAACAAGUUGGAUCAAAUUAAGACUUAGCGGAUGAUCCUCCAAAACGCGUGGACAUGACUAGAGCAAACGGAUCCCCCGUUAGACCAUGGAGAACCACAACCAUUGGUUGGGUGAUGGUGUCCCACCAUAUCAGGGACAGCAGGGAGAGUAUGCAACUAGGAACUAAACUAGGAAAACCUUGAGAUACGUAAAGGGGCAACGCACAGUCCCUUCUAGUUCCAUAUGCCUGUCAUUCAUCACCGGUGUCUGUGACAUUCUUGUGGGUAUUAUACAGACCCUACGCCCCCUUUUAUAGACGAAAAAAGAAGGGGAUCAAAGGGCCUUGAGUAUUGUCUGACUGUUAGCUGUCUGUCUGCAUGGUCCUAUCACUGAUUGCAAGCCCCCGGGCCCACCCUUACUCCCCACCGCGUUAUGCUGACAUUGGAAUGGACUCAACCUGUUAAUGUUCGUACUUUGCACUGUGUGGAGAUCGAAGGGGCUUAGGAUAGCAAAAUGAUCAAGCUUCUGUUGUCCAUUAUUUUUUUUGUGUAAUUCCCUGCCGAAAAUGUUCAAAAAAAAAAAAAAAAAAAAGUAGGUGGUUCCCCUCACACCCCUAAAUUCUUAAAAAAUGUGGGCCUGCCCCGAGCGUGUCUUUGUCCCGGCGUCUGUUCGUCCCAUUCACCUCUUCUUCAUUACUGAUACAAAGGAGGCCGAUGAGCUACACAGCGGCCCCAAGAGCUUCCAAGGUGUGCGUCUGAGCAAUGCAUUCGGGGAUUUCACCUUCUAUGUUCCUGCGUGCGUGGGGGAGGGGCGUCUUAUGGCUCAUCGUUGGAAAUUCUAGGCAUAUUUUUAUUUUUAUUUUUUUCAUUUAGCUGGAAUAUUUUAUUUUUUUUGCAAAAUGAUACAAAAAAAGUACUUGUGAAUAUCGGCAACAAAUGUAUAAAGUGUUAUAAUAUAACAGAGAGAAAACUCUA